CUACAAGUGAAGACGAGCAUCAGAGCAUCAGGAAGAAGUGAAAUCUGCAGAGACAGAGUUUAUUGAAGGACAGAGAGAACAUGAGAGAUCCAGAACCCUGCAGAAUGAAACACACUGAAGAACAAACAGACAAGGCUUAAAUUACUGAAAAGAAGAAAAGACAAGAAAAGGUUCACCUGCACUCAGUGUGGAAAGAGUUUCACAUACAAACAGCAUCUCAAUGUUCACAUGAGGAUCCACACUGGAGAGAAACCGUUCACAUGUGAUCAGUGCGGGAAGAGUUUCACACAACAAGGACACCUUCAGAGACACAUGAGGAUCCACACUGGAGAGAAACUGCAUGAAUGUGAUCAAUGCGGUAAAACAUUUUUGAGGGCUUCAGUCCUGAAGGAGCACAUGAACAUUCAUACGAAGGAGAAACCACAUUCAUGUUCUUUGUGUGGAAAGAGUUUUUCACAUCUGCAGAGUUUAAAAGUUCAUCAGAAGAUACACACCGACGCAGUAGUGAAGCUCUUCUGUGGAUCUUCACCUGAUGUUUACUGCUCCUCUCAAGAUGACUUCAAAUUAUGAUAUACAGCAUUUAUCAUCUUCUGGUGAUGGAUCUGUAUC